AUGCUGAGACUCGCUGCUUUGGCUGGACGCACAGCAAGAAUAUCGAACGUCCUACCCUCUCUUCUGCACACGUCUCCACCUCUACUCGCGCGUACCACCACCGCCAGACUCCUCCCCUUCUCUACAUCUUCCAUCCUAAGCCAUGGCCACUUGAAGAAACCAGAGCCGGGCGAAGAAUUGAAGAUAACCUUUAUCCUGAAAGAUGGCUCCCAGAAGACGUACGAGGUCUGCGAGGGCGACACCAUUCUGGACAUCGCUCAGGGCCACAACCUGGACAUGGAAGGUGCAUGCGGUGGCUCCUGUGCUUGCUCCACCUGCCACGUCAUCGUGGACCCGGACUACUACGACGCCCUGCCGGAACCUGAAGACGAUGAAAACGACAUGCUGGACCUCGCUUACGGACUCACAGAGACAAGCAGGCUCGGUUGCCAGAUCAAGAUGUCCAAGGACAUCGACGGGAUAAGAGUCGCUCUCCCCCAGAUGACAAGGAACGUUAACAAUAACGAUUUUAGUUGA